AGCACGAGGUGGUGCCGCGCCGUCAAGACCUCGCGCUCGACGCGGCCGGGCGCUCGGCUGGAGCUCCUGCCGGUUCGUUAAACCUCUCUGUUAAUUUUCCAGGCCCAGAGCAAGGGCAUUUCCCCGAGAGAGCCGACGGCGAGCGUGGGCACCCGCCCGCUGCGUUGCUUCGUCGGAGGUGGGCCUCUGCUGAGGCCGUUAAUGGUGCAGACAACUCGGGUAUUGGUGACUUACGUGUGCUGCGUGGUUCAGACCCGGUUGGCGAGGCCGUCUCUGGAGACCUUAUCCCCCGCCUUGCUUGCCUGUAAGACAAAUUUAUAGAUGGAGUCUGAGGGACUCGGAGCUGCCGGCCCAUCCUCAGGAAGGCGGCAGCUGGGGAGCAUGGUGCAGCAAUAAAUAGUGUCAAUGCCUGCGUAGACGUGGUUCUGUCUGGUGUGAAGUUGUUAGAGGCGCUUGGUCUUGAACCUGGGGAUGGAAAAAAUCAUGCAGUCUUGAACUCCAGACAGGACCUGAAAGAAGCCUUCGCUCACUUCAUGGAAAAAGGGGCAGCUGCCGAGCGCUUCUUCAGCAACGCCGAGUCUUUCCAUCACAUUGCACGGAUAGCUUCUGAGUACCCUGGUGCACAGCUUUACGUAGGAGGAAAUGCUGCUCUCAUUGGUCAGAAGCUUGCAACCAAUCCAGACCUGAAGAUCCUCCUUUGUGGCCCAGUUGGUCCUAAACUCCAUGAACUACUUGACGACAAUGUGGUUGUGCCACCUGAAUCCAUGCAAGAAAGAGAUGAAUUCCAUCUUAUCCUGGAGUAUCAAGCAGGUGAAGAGUGGGGACAAGUAAGAGCACCUAAUGCCAACCGCUUCAUCUUCUCCCAUGACCUAUCCAAUGGCGCCUUAAAUAUGCUGGAAGUGUUUGUGUCCAGCUUGGAUGAAUUUCAGCCAGAUCUUGUGGUACUUUCAGGACUUCACAUGAUGGAAGGCCAGAGCAAGGAGAUGCGACAGAGGCGACUUAUGGAGGCUGUGGCUUCCAUCUCUGAUAUCCCUACUGACAUUCCCAUACACCUGGAGUUGGCCAGUAUGACUGAUCAAGAUUUUAUGAGCAACAUUAUGCAUCAGCAGGUCUUUCCAUUGGUGAACUCCAUUGGGCUGAACGAACAGGAGCUGCUGUUCCUCACGCAGUCUGCCUCCGGUCCCCACGCCUCCCUCGCUUCCUGGAGCGGAGUUCCCGACGUGGGUGUAGUCAGCGACAUCCUCUUCUGGAUCCUGAAGGAGCACGGAAAGACCACAGAGCGGGCCUCUGAUCUCACGCGGAUCCACUUCCACACCCUGGCCUACCAUAUCCUUGUGACAGUGGAUGGGUACUGGGGCAACCAGGUUGCUGCUGUGGCUGCCGGAGCUAGAGCAGCAGGGACUCAGGCCUGUGCGACUGAAACUAUCGAUACCAGCAAAGUCUUUCUUAAAGCUCCUUUGGAGUUUGUGACCUCCCAGAUAGAGGCACCUUCCAAAAUCUCUUUAAAUCCAGAUGAGCCAGUGGUGCAUUGGCACAGAGAAGGCAUCUCAUUCCAUUUCACUCCCGUUUUGGUGUGUAAAGAUCCUGUCCGGACCGUGGGACUUGGGGAUGCUAUUUCAGCUGAAGGACUGCUAUACUCAGAAGUAUAUCCUCAAUAGAAGACCAAGACCCUCCUUUUUCUCCAAUACUGUAUGGUGUCUGAGGAACCAUGGUGUUCUCAUUAGGAUUUCAGCCAGUGGUGAAAAGGAAUAGGAACAGAAUCGGGGUGUGGUGUGUUUUCUGGAUAUAACUGAAAAAGAGCCAAAGAAUAAUUCCAGGUAUAAACUGUCAGAUACAUUCCAGUCACUUGGCAGCGACUCGAACACUUCACACUUAGGAGCAGAUGUUUUAGUAUUUAAUGUGAAAAUUGGCUUUGCUUUGUCUUAAGCAUGCAGGGAGGGAAACGAAUAUCAAAAUCCCAGUUUGGCGUUGGCUUGCUGUUUGUAACUCUGAACGGGUCUUGCCUGUUAGUGCUGGGAAGUACAGCAGCCAGGAGAAUUUCCUGAGUGUGGAUCCCAGGGAGAGCGUAGCAGCGCUCAGCCCUGUCUUGCCUCUGAUAUAAAUUAAAAAUAAAAGGCUCUUGCAUUAUCUCCUCACAGCACAUUGCUACGUGGCAAGAGCAAACCUUCCGCUUACUUGGUGUGAUGAUGAAAUCCUUUACUGAUGAAAUGACCUCUCAGCCUUGGUGUCCCCAGCAUUGGAAGGAGCCAGAGUCCCGAAAUGUGAUGCGCACUGUACCUACUCCUUAAAUGCACAGAGAAAACCUGACUCAAGGCUGCGUAGAUUAUUUUGGGUAUCUGUUGCCUCUGUGACUAACGGUAUUCAACUGAGCCCUAGUAGCCCGGACUUAAGUUUUUGGGCAACUAGAAGUGAAGAUAAUCAGGGUUUAUAGUGGGGGAGACAGCUUUAUCUUCUUGCUAGGUAAACCACAAAACGUUACCUGUGUUUGCUGUACACUAAAUACCAAGAGUUCCAGCCAGGGGGACUCACAGCUGGUGUUCUUUGCUAACAGUGGGUGCUUAUAUUUGGUAUUUUACAGAAAAGCUAUUGAGUGCCUGAGACUAAUUUUUUUGUUGUUGUUGUUUGAGAACGGUUGUGCAAUUUUCUCCAGUUUCCCUGCCUUCCAUUCAGAAGGCUUAAUAAAUUAGGGAAGGUGCUUCCGGAGGCUUAAAAGCUGCAACAGCAUUUUCCAGGUAAGACUGAAGCAAGGAGGGUUUUUUCAGGGUUUGGUUUUGGUUUUUUUCUCUUUGACUAGAAACUUUGAUAGUUUCUUUGCUCUGGACAGCCUUUGAAAUUAAAAAAGUAGAACCAUGUGUCCUUGUUAAAUACUUUGCUUAUAUUUUUUCCUCUUCGUAGUAGCACACUAUGGAUUGCAUAGCACCAACAUUUUAUUUCAUCUCUUUCCAGCCUGGUUUUGUCUCUUGUCUGCUUCCAGGAACUUCAAGUGUAUUUGCAUAGCUAUCAUACACACUUUUUUCAGUAUAACUGGAUUAAAUGCAAUCAGCAUGUCUAUGCAAGCUUGUGCUAUACCAGAAUCUGUAGCAGGUUGCUUUAGGUCAGUCUUUGCGUCUGAAUGGAGGGGAGGAGAGUCUGUGUCACUUAGGCUGGAGUAAUCUCUUUCAGUAACACUGUCAUAUUGCUGUCAGUGAUGUUCUCCUGUUGGAAAAUGCCAUCGUGAAUGCUCUGUAAGGAUAAAAAUUGACAGCUGUUGUAACUUGUACUGACUUAGCACACAAUGCUGUCUGUCAAUGUAUAUUUAACUUCUGCUUUCCCUCUGGGCGAGGACUUCUGUGUUGUACCAGAGGAGAAAUACAGUCAGAGCUAUGUUUUCCUGCAGCUUAUCCCAUCCUGAUCUUCUGUUGAGUCUCAGCGUUUUAUCUCGGUGCGGGAUCUUCUUAAGACUGGAAGUAUUUCUAUCCAGAUUAUUUUUUUUUUAUUAUUACUGAUAAAUUGUAGCAUGGGCUUUGGAGUUCUGGUUUAGUCUUCCUACAGAAAAAAUAAAUAAAAAAAUUCUCCUUUCAGCCAUCUGAAAGGUCUGAGGCCAUUAGCAGGGUUAUUUUGCAAUCUUUGAUCACAGCCUUCUGGCACACCACCCCUAGGACCACCAAAGGCCACACAUCCUGCCAGCUGGAGAACUAAUCCUUUGCUUAACACUAGGUCCCACUUUCCUGACAUUGAGCCAAGCUGUGUGGAUUACUCGAGCUGGAAACAAAACAAAACUAAAUACAUACAAGCUGUCACCAGCAACGGUCCUGCUGCUGUAUUUCAUUUCUCUCUUCCAAAAACAUUUGCAGGGAUGCGAGGCUGAUUGGACCGGCAUUGCCUUAUGGCCACUUAAAAUCACGUAACUGCACUAACAGAACUUGUCCAAGGGUAAGUUACGCUUGUAUUUAACCAGAGUGUUACAGGCCUAAAUUAUUUCUCUCUUUUUUUAAAACUACUUUGAAUAAAUAACUGCUGUAAACAAGUAUGAAAAAGGGGUUUAUUGCUUAGAAUUCAUCUGGGCCUAAAAGCUAAACUCUAACGACUAAGUCCUCCUUCCUGCUGCUCCUGUUUUCUCACCAGGUAGUAUUUCUUCUUUGGCCUGUUGUGGGUGCGCUGUGAAUGCCUGGCACCGUGAGUCACUUCUCAAAUGACAGUAGCUUGUGAUGGCUAGGCUGCUGCUCUAUCUAUGUAUCUGCUUUCAUCAGGCAUAUAGAGCUUGCCUGGUCACCAAAUUCAUUUACCAAGGAUAAUUCUUAACAAGCUUGACCUGUUAAUCAGAUAUGCCGUUGGUAUCCCUGAUUAAAUUUUGAAACAAUCUAUAUGAUAAUAAAACUGAAUUGAAUGGUGGGACCUGGCAGCCUGUCUUCACUUCAUGUUUCACAUGCUGUGAACACGAUGCCCUUAACUUCCCUCUGCCUUCCCAACUUAAUUACAGUAAGGGUUGCAGAGUCUCUUGAAAUCCUUCUCCUGCACAUGUAGGCUGUCUCACACCUCUGCACAGCUACAAUAGCGACAACAAAGAAAAGCUGCUUUGUCUUUAACAGACUUUGCUGAACAACAGAAAUGGAAACAGCUAGUGGGGUUUUUUUGGUCUGUGUAAGGGGAAAAAAAAAAAACCUAGUGACAUUUCUAUUGAUUGUGGGUUUUGUUGUUUGGUUGGUUUGGGAUGGUUUUGUAAAAUACAAAAGUCCUUGGUAGGUGAGAGAUUUUUAAACAAAUUUAUCUAAUGGAUUAUAAAAAUCCAGGUCUCCCUUCACCGUGAAGAAACAGAAAAGUUGCAGAAAUACCAAGGCUUCAAAACCAGGCUUGAACAGAUCUCUGCUUUCCCCUGAUCCUCUCUGUCUCUACAAAUUCUGUUUGUUCUGUUGUGUUACCCAUACCUUGAAAUCCACAGUGAUGGAUGACUCAAACCUCAGCUAGUCUCGUACUCCCAAGCAGAAGGGUUUCCACUGGAAAUGUUUAUUCACACAUAGUUUCCUGAAGAUGCAAUAGAUGAGCUCAUCAUUGUGACAGUAAGCUGGUGACUCUCUAGAUGGUAAAACUUGUGCACGCUGGUAUUUCCACUUCUGUAUGCCUGUAGCCUGUGCAGCCACAUUGGUUUUGGUUUUUUUUGUCUUGCCCUUGAUCAGAAAUGAGCAAUGCUUUGUAUCUUUUCUGUGCGUGUUGCUUACUGAAAGUCUAGUGGUGGAUUACUUUAGACGUGUGAAUCGCAGGAGGCUGGCAGACUUUGAAAGGACACGUUCCUUCUCUGCCAUACCCGUGGUGAUGUGUGAUUGCUACCUGGCCAUGGAAGAGCCAAUCCCAAAUGCAACUCUUUCCAGCUUAAAGGCUCUUUUUUUUUUUUUUUUUUUUUUUUUUUUCUCCAUGGGAUUGUCAACAGCAUUGCUAUGGAAUUACUUGAUUUUCUUUACUUGGUUAUCUCCUGUUGUGAUAUGUGAGAUCCAGUUAAGUUUGCUUUUUUUCUCAACUUCCUUUUUACAGAACUGGUGCUGAAAUUUUCUUCCUUAGCCUUUAUGCGUUGCCUCUAGCAAAGACCUCAUCAGCUGCUUUGACCCAUGUUAGAUAUUGCUUUAGAGCCUGACUCCACUUCGCAGCUACUGGAAUCCAAAGCUGGGAUAGCAGCAGAGCACUAGAUCCAUGCCAAAACCUAAUGGAAAACCGUCAGCAGUGUGUAUGUAUUUGCCAUCAGUUAUCUUCCGCCCAGUUUGUUUUAAGACAAGGUAUCCUAAGGUAGGGGUUGCUCUUUGUAGCCACCUUUGUAGUACACCUCCCAACGACAACAGCAGAAUUAAAGAAUAGAUUUUUAAACUGUGAAAUCUGCUGAUGCUACUUGUGGUUGACUUUUUUUUUUUUUUUUUUAAUGCUGUAAUGAUGUACUGAAUUACCAGGCAUUAUGUGCCACAGGGUGACCUUUCCAGCUCUGUCCUGAUAAAAAAAGUUAAAAUGAAUACCGGGAUAGUUUUUGCGAGAAUGGUACAAGGCACCAUAACGCUUUCCAGUUACCCUAAAAGUAACCUCUGUGCUGCUGGGCUCUUUUUUGGAGCUUGCAGCUUAGGUGAAAGCUGAUGCUGUUGUCAGCGAACGAGCAGCUAAACUGUCUGCAUUGAUACGUGGUACUGGCUGCUGAUACACGUGCUUGGAGCAAUCUGUUCUGAAGCAGUGCUGUCAAAUACUUCUGUCACACAGUGCGCUGCGUUGCUAUUUCUGGUGUAAGGAAACUCAUCAAGUUUUUGAGUACAUUUGGAAGAACAGUAGAAAAACAGAGGAAAAUACAGAAUUUAUAUUUUCAUGGCUUCAGUUGGAUUGUUCUUAUGUCCUGCAUUAUAUCAGUACUUAAAUGGGAAUGUUUGUUUCAAGCCCUAUUAAUUGUGCUCUUCUCUAGUGCCAUUAAUAUUUUGGUAAAAGCAUACCGUUAAGUUUUAAACCUGUGAUCAUACCAAAGUGGUAGUCUCACCUUUAAAAAAAAAAAAAAAAAAAUUGUAUAGACUCAUUGGUUAAAACCAGCUAGAACAGAUGCCACAACAAAGAGUGUCUCACAUUCUUCAUUCAAGCACUAAUGAGGUUACUAGAGAGAGAAAUGAGAACAUUAAAGGUUGUCUUUGCUCUUUGGUUUUAAAGUUUGAAUGAUGAGGGGCAGAGGAAAUCUAUUUGCAACAAGUUCUUUUGUGUAGCAUAUCCCUUGGCCUGCUCUCAUCACUCCUGUCUGCCUUCUGCUUCAGCAAUACUGGGUCUGAUUAAACUCUUUAGUAAAACUUGAUCUUAGAGCCAGAAAUGAUUGUUCUCCUGUCUGUUCAGAGAUGUCAGAUGAAGUUUUCUUUCAUAACAGAUUGAGCAGUUUCUUGUGUAAUAUCUCAGGUGGAUCCUAAGCACCAACCAGGCUGAAUUCUCAGGGAGUUAUUGAUCCACACUCUUGUGGGAGGAUGUUCUCUCAGCAAAGGAAACAAAUGCAGGGUGGAAAUAGCAUGCAUGGCCGUUACCUUCUGUGCCGGAAGCACGGAAAGGCAUCUGUUCCAAACAGCUCGCUGUCACUUUCAAAACCGAGCCUGGUAUCGGCUGUUGCUGAGAUCUCAUAGCAGCUGAAGAAUACAGAUGCUAGCAGCUAAGGGGCAAUGAUCUCAUUAAAAUGCAACUGGGGGACACACAAAAAAAAUAUCCUGAAAACCUUCCCUAUGAAUUUCUCAGGAAAGCUGCUCCUUAGUCAGUGCAGCCUGGGUAAAACUGGGUUUAAAUCUCACCUGUAUCUUUCAUUCAGAACCACUGCAGCAAACACUGGUUUUUUGCAGUUUGGUUUGAGAGAGUGGUAAAGCUUUCCCUGUAGCAGAACUGUGUUUUCUAUUAUAUAAAACAGUCUUGCCAGAUGAACUACUUGUUGUAAUAGGCGCUCUUUUUAUCAUGCAUUCAUGUAUGAAGCUUAUUAUUUUAGUAAAGUUUGGUUUUCUUCAUUCAGCACUGAGGCUUGCCUGUCUCUGUAGAAGAGGCUUGGCCAACUGCAACCCGCUUCCCCGCGGGGAAGUCCAAAUUUUUAACAUCUUGCACAAGAACAGGGUGUUGAGUAGGACCCAAGGUCCACCUUGCUCAAUAUUGCCUGGCAGUGACCACAACUGGGCAAACAAGAUCACAUACAGGAGCAUGGCAAGUAUACACUAAUACUGCCCAGUUGUCUCAGGGACCUCAAAACCAGAGUUGUUUGGGUUGAAUACAUGUUGCUGGAUGGAUAGAUCAUUACUCUUGGCUGAAACAAGGUCUUGCUGCCCAGGCAUUGCUGUUUGAGUGUCUUCUAGUUUGUUUCCUGUGAGGAAGUCAAGCUGCAGUCUACCUUGUAAGCUGUAUGAUUUAACCUGGUUAACGAUACACAUUUUUCUAAAAAGGGGGAAAAAAAGUCCUAAAGCAGAUGGUUUCUACUUCCCUAGAAAUUAAGCUCACUAUUCUUUUCCAUCUUAAAAUUUCAAUUAUGGGGGGAAAAGAGAAUUUUAUAAUUAUGGCUGAUGGCAGAAACAGGUUUUGGAACAUAAGGUGUGAUUUCCAGAAUCCCUAAAUGACUUAGUACAGCCCUGCUGAAAAAUCCCUUGUUUAAUUCCAGCCGAAAGAACAGUCCAGCCUCAUUCGCAUCAUUAGAUAGCAAAAAAAAAAAAAAGCUCUCCGUAAAGAUACUAUGAAUUUACUGUAUGCAAAUGCCAUUGUCACAAUACCCAGGGGGAGGAGAGGGGACAGGACAAGGAAUUGCAGUUCUAUUUAUUAUCCAACUGUAAUUACAUAUUUAAAAACGCUUCCUUAGACAUGAAGCUCCCUUCUGCUCUGUUCAAAUCCAGAAAGUAGCAAGGUGCUGCUGCUCCUUUUCUUCAAAGGAGAAUUGGUUAAUCGUCUGCAUAAGCUUUUCACCAAAAUAUAUAUUUAUUCUAAAUACCUUUACAGUACCUCCAAAUGUAGUAUACCCUGUGUACUAACAUGUAACAUUUACCCCAUAAAAGCAUCCUAACAGCCAAGAAGGUAAUGGGUUGCACCAGUGGGACUGGGUGAGAGAAGAGAGAUCAUUGUUCCUUGUGUCUCUGGUGGGCUGUAAGUUGAGAACAGCAGUGGGACGAGGGCUGCUCCCAUCUAUUGAAUAUAGCAAAUGAGUUUGAUAAUGCUACAGUCUUUUUUUACAACAAGCAGAAGGCAGGGGAAAGCAGCUAGUAAAAACAAAACAAAGGGUCAUAAGCAGCUGGAGGGAAAAAUCUUCCUGAUUAGCAAUGCUGGUGCUCAGCUACCUGUAACCACGUUGUUCCGGUCACUGUUCCUUGUAUUGGAGCUUCCAUGGCUUGAAAUGAAAGCCUUUGUGAUAAGACUAAAAGAUUGCACCAGUCAAUUGCUAUCGGAAAAAACUGUCUUGAGCUAAAGUUUUGGGGGUGAGGUAAAGAGUUCCCAUACCCUACCUACCCUUGCUCUGCAAUCUUACACUCUUCUUCACAGGCACUCUGUUACGCUGCAGUAACUUUCAGUGUAAAAAGUUUAAUGUGAAUAAAAAAAUCGCUGCACUGUACCUGA